CACAAUAGACGAAUAUGAGCAAUCUUUUUUUAGAUAAUAAAGGGAUUCUUCUAUUUUCUCUUAUUCAUCCGUUGAAUUAGUGGAUGCUGCCAAAGGGUGUGGUGAUAUCAUACGCAAAAAGAAAGAGAUUCAUAGAAUGAGGCAGAUAUAGCUUUUGCGUUAACUAAAAAAUAAUGGGACACAAAAAGAAUUGACUAUUGAGCCGUAUGAGGUAGCUGGGUUAAUGCAAACAAGUUGAAGAAGAUGGGGUUCUGGGGUAUAGCUAAGCCUCAUGAAGCUUCCUGCAGCUGGAGACAGAUUAUGAAAAUUAGAUCUAGAAUUGCAGAUUAUUUUGUGUAUAAGCUAGGUGAUGGAGCCAACUUCUCCUUUUGUGUAUAAGCUAGACAGAAAUGCUACUGUGAAAAGUCUUUGGAAAAAUGAUAACUGGUCUUUUCCUGAUCCUUUGGAUGAUUAUACUCUAGCUAUCUGGGAGUAUGUCAAGAGCAAUUUUAAGAUCAAGCAAGAUGAGACAGAUAAAGUGACCUGCAAGUCUGCAAAUGGAAAUUUUUCUAUUAAUAGUUGUUGGAAGCAUUUGAAUCCUGCUGCUAGCAGUAUCCCCUGGACUUCUAUUAUCUGGUAUAAGGAUAACAUCCCCAGGUAUUCUUUCAUUACUUGGUUAGCUUUGCAAGAUAAGCUUAACACAAAAGACAAGUUACUUAGAUGGAAGGUGGUGCAAAGUGAUGUUUGCUGUUUCUGCAAGUCUGAAACUGAGUCCAUCAGUCAUUUAUUCUUUGAGUGUGGCUAUUCCAAAGCAAUUUGGAAAAGAUUACUUGCUGACAUGAGUUUUAAUAGAGAUGUGAUGCAUUGGAGAAGAGAAGUCAGUUUUUUUGUUAGGAGAACUAAAGAUUCUGAUCUCAUCAAAUAUAACUCCAAAAUAACCCGAUUCCAUAAACAACAUCGAGGAAGAGUGAAAGAAAUAGCUUUUCGAGGUUAUCAUAUUUGUUUAGGCAAAUAUGCUCUUCAGGCACUUGAACCCGCUUGGAUUACAUCUAGACAAAAAAGAAGUCUUAUUUUUAUAUUAUAUCAAUCAUUAUUCUAAAAUAUUGA